GAAAGAAAGAUAGAUAGAGCAACAGCAGCACACCUUCUUCUUCUUCUUCUUAACCCAGAAUCAGAUUAUAAAUAAACAGCAAUUUUCUCAACUCAAAAUCAUAUCUUUCUUCUUCUUACAACUUAAGUCAUCCAAUCUUCUUCUCAAGGUCGUAUAAUUUGGAUAUGGGGGAUGAUGAUGCUUCGAUUUUGCUCGAGUUGUCUGCCACUGACAAUCUCGAGGCCUUCAAACACGCAGUUGAAUACCUGGGUUUUCAUGUCGACCAAGUGGGUUUAUGGUACGGGAGAAGAAUUGGGUCCAGAAAGAUGGGAUUCGAACAGAUGACUCCUCUCUUCAUUUCUUCCAUCUAUGGAAGCUUCCGGGUCUUGAAUUACAUUCUUAAAACCGGGAAAGUCGAUGUUAACAGAGCUUCUGGCUCUGAUGGGUUAACCGCCCUCCACUUCGCCGCCGCCAGCGGGUUGGAUUCGUCUGCUGAGGUCGUCGAGCUUUUGAUCAACGCCUCUGCUGACGUCAACGCUAUUGACGUCAACGGUAAUCUUCCCGUAGACUUGAUUGCUCCUAGGUUGAAGAAUUCAAGCCAUUUGAAGAGGAGGAGAUUAGAGAUGUUGUUUAGAGGAGAAACUGAUGAUAUAGAGAAAGAGCCUACUAACUAUGUAAUCCCACAAAGCCAAAUGGGUAAAGAAAUUGGGGCAGGAGAGAAGAAAGAAUACGCCAUUGAAGUGCCUUUACCAGAUAUUAACAAUGGUAUUUACAGCACAGAUGACUUCAGAAUGUACUCGUUUAAGGUUAAGCCCUGUUCCAGGGCCUACUCCCACGAUUGGACCGAGUGCCCUUUUGUUCACCCUGGAGAAAACGCGAGAAGGCGCGAUCCCACCAAGUUUCAGUACACUUGCGUUCCCUGCCCGGAAUUCCGAAAGGGUAGUUGCAUAAAAGCCGAUACUUGCGAAUUCGCUCACGGCGUUUUCGAGUCUUGGCUUCAUCCUGCUCAAUACAGGACCAGGCUGUGUAAAGACGAGACGGGUUGCUCUCGAAAAAUCUGUUUUUUCGCUCACAAACGCGAUGAGCUUCGCCCGUUGUAUGCUUUAACUGGUUCGGCUCUACCCUCGCCCAAAACAGAGGUGACACCGCCAAUGUCCCCGAUGGCUAAUUCGUGGGCAGCGAACAAGAACAAGCCCAGCAGACUUAAGACGUCUAGAGAAUUGGAAUUGGAAUUGCAAUUGCAAUUGAUCAACUUAGAAAAUCAAAGGCAGUUUUCCGGUCUUUCGUCUUCCCCAUAUAGUAAUCGGAUGGGAGAAUUGACAUCAUCAUCAUCAUCAUCUCCGGUCAGGAUGUCUUCCCCAUAUGGGUUUGACUUUGACUCUUCAUCCAUGGCCAUGGCAGGCAUGAAUUCGAGGUCCUCUGCUUUUGCUGGCAAUAGAAGCCAGAGUUUCAUUGACCGAGGAGUAGCCGUGAACAGUUGCAACCGCCCGGUCAGUCUGGGGCUGACUGCGGCGGCUAAUUCGGCUGGAUUGACUUCAUCGAAGCUUGCGGAGUGGGGGUCUCCCGAUGGUAAACUGGAGUGGGGAUUCAGCAAGGAAGAGGAGAUGAACAAGCUGAAGAAAUCGGCUUCUUUUGGCUAUAGAAAUGGGAAUGUGACCACAAACAGAACCACGAUGGCGCCCUCGACCUUGAACCCACCGGCGGGACUCUCCUGGGUUCAUUCAAACUUGCCGUGGUCGGCCCAACAAUUCUACAUGUUUGAGCAGGAGAAGAUUUCUGCUUAAGCAAGAGCAAGAGCAAUAAUAAUAAAUCCUCCAAAUUUCUUUAUUAUUUUAAUUCAAAUUAGCAUGAAUUCGCGAUGAUUAAUUGACUGUAUUAUUAUUAUUGUUAUUGUUAUCAUAUGUUUGCCCAAAUCAUUAGUGGAAGAUGAAAAUAAAGAUGGAGGACUAACUAAUUAAGUGCUA